CGAGCCGACAAAUUUACGCUUUUUCUGGGUAAUGGAACUGGACAAAAUGGACGAAAACGACUGGAAAUAUCACGGGGAAGGCAACAAGAGCCUGGUUGUGUCUCACUCGCAGAAGAAAAGAGGUGAAGAAAUGAUGGCAGAAUCCAGUAUAAUCAUCUGUACCUUCAUAAGUCAGAAACAAGCUGGCUUCACAGUACAUAAUGUGACAGCGUGUAUCCAACCACAGGAAGUUUUCUCAGACAACAUUGCCUUGAUGUAAUCAUGUCGAUUUGGGUGGGGAAAGCGGCACUGCAGAGUUCUCCGUUUAUUGAAGUUUCCCUCAGAAGAUUCUGUGCAUACACGACAGACUGCAGAACAAGCUUUUCGGCAUAUCCUCAACAUCGUGGAUUACAGUAAAUAUGUCAUGAAGCCUUUACUUGGGGACAAAUAUGUUCACAGUGGAGAGGUCGUCAAACUACCGCUGGACUUUGUGAGGCAGCUGUCAUUGAAGGUCCAGCAAGAACGUCCUGAGUUGCGCUGCGACAAGGUCAUGGAUACGUUCAGCGGGUGUGGAUUGUGCCUUCCCAACCUCACCCAACUCCCCCUCCAUCACCUCAGAGACCACAGACCCCCUAUAUGUGUUGAGAUUAAGCCAAAAUGUGGAUUUUUACCCUAUUCAAGACACAUCACCAAGGAAUUCAAGCGCAAAGUUUGCAGAUUCUGCAUGCAUCAACAUUUCAAGUUAGCCAAUGGCAAAUGGAAGCGCCUGAGCAGAUAUUGUCCCCUGGAUCUCUUCUCUGGGAGUAAACAGCGAAUGUUCGUUGCAUUGAAGCAUUUGUUAGAGGAACCACAAAACAACUUGAAGAUCUUUAAGGGUGGAGAGUUGAUCUAUAGCUGUCAAGAUGAUGCCAAGCAGCAGCCUGACUUGAACGAUCUCAUUCAGCACCUUCGGCCUUAUUUCCCUCAUGGUAACAGCCUCUAUAACGGGCAUCAGUCAGGCAAAGCAAUCCUCAAUGAGUUCAUCCAGGUCAUCUGUUCGGCCCUGCUGAGCGGCGGGGACACGAAUCGCUCGGGAGAGCCCAGGAAAGUUCACUUGUCCGAGAGCGGUCUGUACUGUGAAGCCAGUCCCUUCCCCAGAGAGCUGCUCCGCAACGGUAACCAUAGUCUUCCCAAAGACAGUGUUCUUGCAAAAAUCCUCCAAGUCCAGAUAUUGGAUAACCUGGAUAUCGAGGGAAUCUACCCAUUGUUCAAACGAAUAGAACAAUAUCUGGAAGAGGUCCCUAAAGAGAGAAACAGACUGCAGGUCGACGGGCCUUAUACUGAGAGUUUUAUGGACACGGUGAAGAACUGCCCGACUGAGGACGACGGUUCUGUAGAAUAUGCAGUUGGGAAGGUUCAUCAGUAUAGAGUCGCAAUGACCGCCAAAGAUUGUUCCACAAUGAUCACAUUUGCACCUUGUGGAGAAGACGACGAAGAACACCAACCGAAUCUGGAGAUCCAACCUACAAAGCCUCGUUUUACAUAUUCCGUCUCCAUCCUUGACCUGGACCCCAAGCCGUACGAAGGAAUUCCUCACCAGUUCAAGCUGGACACCAAAAUCGUCAACUACUACCUGCGAAACACGCAGACUCCGCCUCCCUCCGGCCUGUAUAAUGAACGGCAGGAGUGCACGCUGCUAUUCCACGCUGUAUGAGAACCUCCACACCUCCGAGAGUGCUGCUUUCAUAGAAUUGAAUAGUUUGGGAAAUAGAAAUGGUUUUGUUUGUAUGUCUAGUCUUGUCGUCCUGCAACGUGAAGCUGGUGGUGGGUUUUGCUGCUGUUGCUGGGGCGACUGUUUUUUUUUUUUUGUGGCUGAUGUUCUCAGUGGGGCUGGUCUCCUAAAGCACAGAAUGAGCCUGUCAUAGGCCGUAAUGGAGAAAACGGACUGUGUGUAUGUUUGUGCACUUCUGUUGGGCGCUACUUUAGCAUCCGAGUGCCAAAAUGGGCUUACAGUGUUUUCCCCAACAAGCCUUCUAGUGCAUCAGCUUGCUGUGUCGCUGUGCAUGGAGUUUUUAAAUCGGAUACUUGAAGUGAGACUACUGCUCUGUUACACGACUAGAGCUUUGACCCUUGGCGGUCUAUAAUAUCACAUUAUAUACUGACAAGCACAGACAUGUUGCAUGCUAGUGACCGUGACCACGCUAACCCUUUCACUACCCGUAAGAGCCGUAAGAUGAAUAACAGUAACAUUAUUACUCACUAAUGGAGUAUUUUUGUAACACGCUCAGCUGCCGUUAUCAUUUCUCGCCAUAUACAAAACAAAGUGUCUUAUUAAAGGAAUAGUCGUCCUGAAAUGAAAACUCUGUUCAUGUGGUGGCAAACCUUCAUGCGGUUAUUUUGAAGACGCAUCUAUUUUGUGGCUCUUGCCGUACGAUGAUGCUUUUUGGGCGUUUGUUUUUCUAAAACGACGAGUGUGAGUAAACCAUGAGCAGAUUUUCUUUUUCGGACGAACUUCUUCUUUAAAGCCUGUCUGUGAUCUCAAUGCAUCAUUUUCCUUAAAAUUGCUGUAAAAUGUGAAGCGUCUGUCUGUCUGCGUCCGCUCUGUCUCUGAGUUUGACACUAAUACAUUCAUGUGUUCUCCGCUGGAAACCCCAGACCAGAAAAGAAUUCAUCCCGAGCAUCUUGAGUUUUAUUACCACUAUGUGGGGCUUGAGUUUUCAUGGCCGUAAUUGUUCGCAGAGACGGGCGUGUUUCAUACGUCAACCAAAGACUGACAGCAUGCCAGCUUUCGUUAGCACAAUACAGAAUGCUAAGCAGUAAGACGACCCAGCACUUUUCGAAUAGUGACGGGCGUCUUUUUUUUUUUUUUAGAGAGAAUCCGUAUAUUGCUGUGCCAUAGGAACGGCAGUAUUUUACCGUGCAACAUUAACACUAAAGAUGGCACCUCCGGGCCGACAUUACUGUUACAAAAUUGUGGCGUGAGCAUCGCCGCUGUUCGCCGAACGGACGACCUCAUGCUUAUGUUUACCUCUUUGCCGCGUGAUGCCGACUGUUUCUGUUUAUGAACGUUCGAUAUUGCCAAAACGCGUUCACACCCCCUCUUUCGUCUUAAUGUGAUUUCAAGCUGGUGUUAUAAGUAUUGUACGCCUUAUACGUGGAACAAAAGCGUUUAGUUGAUCACGUUUUCCAAGUGUUACCGUGUGGUUUCGCCACACCAAAGUUUCCACAAAACCAUAUUUCUGCCUUCAUUUAAAACACCAACUUACACCUUUUUAAACCAAGACAUCUUUAUCUGAAAGGGUGAUGUUGUGUUACUUUAAUAAAAUAAUACAGAUCUAAAAUGACUAUGUAGGUAGGAACGGACAUUAAUGUCUCAAAGGAAAUAAAAUCACAGCCUCUGUGAAAGAAUCUAAUGUUAAAAUUUAACUGUUCGAAAAUACAAAGUGGAUUUUGCUGUCAAACAUUUUGUAUUUAAAAGUAUUUAUUUUUCUAGCUCUUGUUUAACGAUGUAUAAUUCCAUAAAGUGUGAACAUCAAACGUAAAAUGAUUGACACGUACUGGUGGCAUAAACAUGUAGUUCAUGAUUGUACAGGAGUUUAUAUGGAAUAAACUGAUUAGAUAUGAA